AUGUCCGUCACCACAACAACAGCGACCGCCGCUCACGCGCCGACCCAUAGAAGUCUCGCCCACCCACCGCGAACUCUUCGGAAAGCUGCCAGCUACACCAGCAACUUCGCCUCCUCUACAGCUGCUUCUUCCCCUAGUCUCAACUCACUCUACAACAUUCAUUCGCGCCUCGCGCCGACCCACCACUCCCUGCCUCGGAAGUCCUCCCUGGCCGCUUUGACUCCCAAAUCACUCGCCUCCAUUCCCGAUGUAAGCGAGUCUUACGCCUACAACAGUGUGCUAGCCGAGUCGUCACCCGAUCGCAAAAUGCCACCCGCUACUCCCGGUAAGGUCGGGAACGACUUCGCCGUUGGCGAUGUCGUCGAAGUUCCCGGGAACAUGUUCGGCACCGUUCGCUUCAUUGGGUCGGUGGACGGGAAGAAGGGCACUUUCGCUGGCGUCGAGUUGCACCCCGAGUUCGCACAGAAGGGAAAGAACUCUGGUGAGGUGGAAGGUGUCUCGUACUUCUCCACGACUCUCCCUGGCGCAGGCAUCUUUCUUCCCCUCAAUAAAGCCGUCAGGAGGGACUCGCCGUCGGGCUCGUCCUACAGCUCGUUCCCUCAUACCCCCACGGCGAGUACGACGAGUGGUCUUAAGCCCGGCACGCAAAACUCGACGAAUCAUACCCCUUCUACUCCCUCGGUACCGAUGCUGAGCAAGUCUGUCGGGCCAGGCCGGGCUUCUAGUCCUGCGCUAAAGAAGUCCAUCAGCAGGCCCUCCGUCCGGCCAGAGUCGCCCGUGCGAAAACUGCAGAUGACGCCCGGUCCGAGACCGUCUUUGGUGACACCUGGCAAAGUGCCCUCCAAACAUAGCUCGCCUUCCAUCAACCGCUUCGCUCAGAGUGUACGUGGUACGGCUGGAGAUCCUAGCAAGACGUCAAGACUGGACACAAAAUCGAGUGUUGGACCUCGCAGUGCAUCUGCCCUUGGUCAAACGUCAAUGUUUGACGAGGAGCCCAUGUCGUCGAAUACUUUGCAUCGAACACAGACAAAUGGAAGCACAAACUCGAUCUCUUCAUACAACUCCAAGUUUAGAGCUCCUUCUCGGGCUGGAGCUGGGUCGAGAGCUGCGUCGCGAGCCCAAAAUGACGACGAAAUCGAGCGCCUGAAGGCAAACCUGGAAGAUCGCGAAAGGCAGUUGAGAGACCAGGCAGCCACCCUGGCAGAGAUGGAAAGCAGUCUCACCGAGCUGCAAAGUCUUAUGGAGAAUUCGGAUUUGGGGGCACCAAAACGAAAUAGCUUUGACAAUAAGGACACGGCGCAGCUUCGAGCAUUGGUCAAAGAGAAGAACGAGAAGAUUGCGAUGCUCACAGCCGAGUUUGAUGCGCAUCGGGCAGACUUCCGAAGCACAAUCGACACCUUGGAAAUGGCCAGUACCGAGACCGAAAGAGUUUACGAAAAACGAAUCGACGAGCUGAUGCUUGAAAUCCGAGAGCUCGAAUCCCGGACUGAUGACGUGGACUCUGUCGCUCGACAAUUGAAGCAGCUCGAGGAGCUGGUUCAAGAACUCGAAGAGGGCCUCGAGGAUGCCCGGCGUGGGGAAGCCGAAGCCAGAGGAGAGGUCGAGUUUCUUCGGGGCGAAGUUGAGCGCACGCGGACCGAGUUGCGCCGUGAGCGCGAAAAGGCUUCGGCUGCGGUGAAUGGAUCUAGAGGGUCACCGCUUGGUGACCGUAUCUCUGGAUCCAAGGAGCUCGAGCAGAAGGAAGAUGAGAUCCGGGGAUUGAAGGCCAUCAUCCACUCCCUCAGUCGGGAUUCCGUUCCUGGUGAAGGCGCCGAUAAGCCGGAAGACCCUUCAGUCCGCGAGAACGCCCUGGCUCGAGACAAGCUGGAGCGUGACUUGGCAGAGCUCCGUGCUAUUGUCAAGGAAAAGACCCAGCGUGAAGAGGAGCUCGAGCGGGAACUAGAGAUGCUCCGUAGGGGGAGCGCUACAACCCUGCAAACCGACUCUGCCACCAAUGGUGGUGCUCAACGCUCGUCGCUUCGCGAUUCGCGGGACACGAUCAUUCUGACGCGCAACAGCGAGGCUCAACCCCCUACAGCAACGCACAAGCGCGUCCGCACAUUGGACACCAUGCCAGAGAGUGAUGCCUACUCGUCUGUCACCGACAAUAGUACUCUCUGGUGCGAGAUCUGCGAGACGGGCGGUCACGAUAUCCUGACUUGCACCAAUAUGUUUGGCACCGAGACUACCAAGACUAAUGGCGACGCCCUCAAGACGAUCAAGGAUGCCACCAAAGAGGACACACGGCCUGUUUCUGAUGAAGACAAGCCUGCCCCCCUAUCACCGGUCAAGCCCAAGACGACAGUUCCUCCGUCCAACACCCAGAUGCUCCCGAACCCUAUGGAGACCGGCCCUGUGGCUGGCAAGGAGACAGGUGUGAUAGACAACUCAAAGUGGUGUGCUGUUUGCGAAAGAGAUGGUCACGAAAGCUACGAUUGUCCGUUCGAAGACGCAUUCUAG